CCCCGCCCCGCUGCCGGCACAGUAGCCCCGCCAGCAGCGCCUCCCUCCUUCCUGUACUAGCCGCCGCCGGCGACCAGUCCAUAGGCGGGCAGGGCGGCCGUCCACCUCGAUUGUGCAGCUUGCACUCUGAGGCCGGCCAAGACUUUUACGCCCACCCAUGGCGGGAACGAUGAUGGCCGUGACGGCCAAGAGCAAGAACUGCACGCUGGCCUCGGAGAAGAAACAUGGGUGGGCCAUCCCGCCGCUUCCGGAGCUCCGGUUCCCUUGGGAUAUGCAAGAGGACAACAAGGGCUUCUCGUUAAACUUGCUGCAUGACUCUGCCUCCCCUCAUGGCGGGCUGUUUGCUAGCGUCGGUCUCAAAGUGUCGACGCCCGCUCCAGCGGUGUCAACCAGUCCGGCGGAGCAGGAGUUCAAGAUCCCUUUUGCUGAUCACUGCAUAAAGUAUGUCUCAUCGGCGGUCGGAUUCCCAGUUGUUGGGACUGUGGCCGAGUCUGUGGAGGAGGAGGUGGUGGAUGGUAAGAUUAUUAGGAAGAAGGCCAAGAAGCAUGGGCUGAAACUGAAAAUUAAGAUUGGUAACCCGCAUUUGAGGCGGCUGGUUAGUGGGGCUAUUGCGGGGGCGGUCUCGAGGACUUGUGUGGCGCCAUUGGAGACAAUUAGGACUCACCUGAUGGUUGGAAGCAACGGGGAUUCGAUGACGGAAGUGUUUCAGACAAUUAUGAAGUCGGAGGGGUGGACAGGGCUGUUCCGUGGGAAUUUUGUAAAUGUUAUCCGUGUUGCUCCAAGCAAGGCGAUUGAGCUAUUUGCUUUUGAUACAGCCAAAAAAUUCCUGACCCCAAAGGGUGAUGAGCCAUCAAAGACCCCCUUCCCUCCAUCACUUGUCGCGGGGGCACUUGCAGGUGUCAGCUCAACACUGUGCACAUAUCCUCUGGAACUGAUCAAGACCCGUCUGACUAUAGAGAAAGAUGUAUAUGACAACUUCCUCCACUGUCUCGUCAAGAUUGUACGAGAGGAAGGCCCCUCAGAGCUUUACCGUGGUCUAACACCGAGUCUGAUAGGAGUGGUGCCAUAUGCCGCAACCAACUACUAUGCCUACGACACCCUGAGGAAGCUCUACAGGAAGACAUUCAAUCAGGAGGAGAUCAGCAACCUUGCAACCCUCCUGAUCGGUUCGGCCGCAGGCGCCAUCUCGAGCACCGCCACCUUCCCUCUCGAAGUAGCUCGCAAGCAGAUGCAGGCAGGGGCGGUGGGCGGAAGGCAGGUCUACAAGAACGUGUUCCAUGCCCUCUACUGCAUCAUGGAGAAGGAAGGGAUCAGCGGUCUGUACAAGGGGCUCGGGCCCAGCUGCAUCAAGCUCAUGCCCGCGGCGGGGAUCUCCUUCAUGUGCUAUGAGGCCUGCAAGAAGAUCCUGGUCGAAGCCGAGGAGUAGACUGAAGCAUGCGCCAUGCGCGGUCGAGUCCUUCAAGAAGAGGCGGCAGGAUUAAGCCUCGUCUUUCUUUCUAUCAAGAAAAGAAGAUUGGAUGAUCAACUACUCAUCAGAAGCCUAGGUCAAAGAUUUCCCAUUUGAGAUGUCUGUUAGAUGAUGAAGUUUUGGCCUCUAAUUAGUUCUGUGCUCGAGUUGAAGUCCAUAAAACAGUAUUCUGACUGGCGGAAGCAGUUUUGUCAUGCUACUUUUGCUUCUGUGCUAGCCCUGUUUCUCCCUUUAUUAUGUCACCAGAUCUUGGUUAAUCUUUGCAGACAACGGCUCGCCGAUCUUUGCAGUUCUGCGACAGGCAGUUCGAUAUCCUGGAUUUCUUGUCACUGUUGUUGGUUGAAUAUAUGGGAUUAUAUUGCUUUUCA